CCUUGCAUCACAACAAAGACACCAAAAACAUAAUAAAACGCAUGCAGUUUUGGCGCAUUGUUAUGACGUCAAAAAAGCGCGAUUUGUACAAAAAAACUUUACCGUGGAAGAUGGAAUGUUUAUGUUUCGGGUGACAGCUGGUGUUUCAAACACUUUUUCAAAGCUUGUGAAAUAGAACCAUGACUUCUCAUGCAUUUAUUGUUUUGUACACUCACCAAAAGACCAAAAAGUCCAAAACCUGGCAAGAUGGAAUUCUGAAGCUAUCAUCAGAAGGGAGAGUGGCAACAUUAUAUAAUGACAAAGGACAACGCCUGGAAAAUGUUUAUUUGAAAACAAAUAAGUUGAAUCUAGGGGAUGACUUGGAAAGUGAUCGUUAUUUAAUCACAGUUGAAGGAGAAGAUUUAAGCGGUGGUGUGCCACAGAGUGCUACAGAAGUCAAGGAAGUUCCCAAAAUCAAUAAAACCACCUUGAAACCUAUUGGUCUUCUUCAUCCUGUUGGUCUGAAAAGGAAAUAUUCUGGUUUUCAAGGUCCACGUGAAGUUUCAAAGAAGCCUUCUCUGGAGGUAGAGGAUAUAACAAAGACAUCAUCUCCUGUGCUAGCACAAACAUGCUCCUCGUUGCCUUCACAGUUGUACACUACAUCACCUCUGUUUGCUACUCCUCGCUUAAAGAAUGCGGAAACCAUUGUGCCAGUUGAUAGUGGUUCUCUUGUCUCCUGGAAAAACAAUCCUGACAAAAUAAAUCACAAUGUACCAUUCUCUUCUUCUUUUUCAUGCUCGUAUUCAUGUAAUUCAACGUGGAUUACUGAAAGUGAAAAAGUGGACGACUCUUCUUCUGCAGCCUCCAACAUAGAAGUUAAUAGUUCUGCACAAAACAUUAGAAGCAGAUCACAAAUUUUGGCAUUAUUAAAGCCCCAGCCUCCCCAGCAAACCAGAGCAACAUUUUCUAAAUCUAAUAAGCAGCAUUAUAAUAAGCAUGCUGGUUCUAAGCAAAGUGAUGUGCUAAAUACAAAGGAUGCAACUUUGAAUGAAAAAGAAAACAAUUUUGUAGUUGCUGGGCAAAAACCUAAAUAUCCUCAAGGUAUGAUACCCAUUGAACCUAAUUUUAUAAAAAGUCGGUGGGAUGUAUACUUAGAGCAUUCAUCACCAUCUGAUUCUGAAGAUCCUGUUAAUACUGACAAAGAUAAAUCUGUUGAACCAGUUGACCCAAAUAGGAUGCAAUGCUUUUCAAGUUCCUUAGACAACUUUCUAAACCAAAAUAGUAAUCUGAAAAGUUCUGGGGAAAAUAUUUUGGAUUCUGAUGAAGCUUACAUGGUAAUGGACAACAAUGUUCAGAGCUCUUUGCUGAGUUUGCAGUUAUCAGCACAGCCCUCAGUGAAAUGUGUAAGCUCAGUGGGGAUAGAGUCUGAAAAAUGCCAACUACCGCCGUUACCUGAAGGAACUGAAUUCUCAACAUGUCCAGAGACCAGCAUAUUACAUUUGCAGUGGAAAACAGAAACAAGUAACUGUGAAAGAUUUGUAGGACAAGAAAGCAUUCUAAAUUCAGAUAAUCAUCCAUAUGCUACUCCACCAUUUGGGGAUACUUCCUCCAAAUACAGUCAUCAUGGAUGUUCAUAUAGAGAGACAACCAUAUCAGAGAAACCAGUUGCUUCCCCUGUUUUGAAUAUACCUGAUACAAAUAUCUGUUCUGCUGAAGAAGAUAUUAGUGACACAGCAAUGACAGAAAUCACAUUCAACUUGAUGGACAGUUUUGAUUCCAUAGUCUCAGAUGAUGAGGAUUCAAAUAUACUUACAGAAGGAUGCCUUCAUAUAAAAGAAGUGAUAGCAGAGAAGGGCCUCACAAACCAUAAAGGUCAAAAGGACAAUAUGCCUUUGCAUUGCCAGAAUGGAAAGCAUACAGUUAAUGAAAUUAUGCCUUCCAAAGAUAUAGCUGGCUUGUCAGUUGAUUCUGAUAUAUCCGGAAUUAAGGAUUAUUGUUUAGUGGAACAGGACAGCAAUUUACAGGUGCUCUCCAACACUGUUGAACAUGAUGAGGGCUUUGCAAUGAAAGAAGAACACAAGGAAAAGUUCCCUGGAACAUCUGAUUUGGGCUGUACUUUUGACAUUAAAACUGAACUUUCACAGGACAAAAAGCACCCCACAGAAAACACUAUGCAUAUAUCCAUGGGAAAUAUUGUACAGCUUAAUAGCAGCCUUUUGGAAAAUUGUACAGUAGUGAAGGAGGUCUCAAAGCUUUCCCAAGAGUCAAAUAGAAGCAGUAAUAAUUGUAUAUUAGAGAGUCCUAUAAACAAAUCACAAUUUAGAAUGCCACUGUUAGAAAAUCAUAUGCAUAAUUCAAAUGAAGACAUUUUGUGUAAUGAAAGCACCUCUGAUAACAUAGAAAAUAAUAAUGCAGAAAACAGCAUCUCCGUUCUAAAAAGACUGACAAAGCACAACAAUGCAAUAGAGAGCCUAGACAUUUUAAAGGAUGAUUCUGAAUCAACAUCUCAAGAAGAUGAGUGUUCUGGCCAAACAGAUAAGCUGAAUGGAGAAGUGGAAGAUCAUCGCAAGACUAUACUUGAUGAUUUGUUCCUGUGUGACUCUGAGCUUUACCAAGAUAAACUUUUUCCCACUGCAGAAUACAUAUGUUCACCAGACAUUCACUCUAACAAUACGUCCAGUUUCCAGUGUCCUGAACCUGCCCCACUUAAGAUGCUAUGCACUGUAUCGGCAGAGGAAAAAUGUCAUGUUGAACUCAGUGAGGAUUUUCCAGCCAAGCCUGAUUCAAUGCAUGUACCUCAAGGAACCCAUUGUAAUAACCCUGCCCGAGACAGAGCAUUUCCUCUGCUUCAGUGGGGUAGAAGCACCCAGGAAUCCGAUUGUGACUGGGACCUUUCACAGUGGCCUUCCAGAGGAACAAUCAAGCCAAACCUUACAAUACUUCAAGAAAAACUAGAUGUAGAUCGUCCAAUUUUUCUCAGACCACGGUAUGAAAAUGUGACUAUGCAGUUAAAGGACACACAAACUGCCACCCAAGACACCAGUUUUCCAAAUAUCACAGUUUCCCAAGUUGGUUCAAGGCUUCAGAGACAAUUGCCAGUUGUAACAACACCAGACCUUGUAGACUCUACCAGACCAGUACCAGCAGGACAUGAAUACAAAGAAUUUAUAUUAGACAACAACCUUAGUCUACCUCCCAAUAUAUCUUCAGCCAUGAACAACUUCAUAGAUGACCUUGUACAUGAUGUUGAGUGUACUAGAGAGGACACGGGUUUCCUGAAAACAACAGAAGAUAGAUCUGGGAAUUCACCGAAUAGAUCAAGCAAAUGGACAAAAUAUCAAAACAAGUCUCACAGCAGCAAGGCAAAUGAGAAUGUACAAGAUAUAAAAGCAAAUGAGGAGUUUUUUGCACAGUCUUUGUUUAGAAAGGAACCAUGUAUUCUAGAGAAAGGUGGGACUGGUGAUAAGGCCCCUGUGGAAUCUGCUCAUCUAAGUUUGCUAAAGGGCACCCUAAGUAAAAACAAUAGUAGUUUUUUGCAGCGUGGGCUCCUCACCAAACGCCGCCCAAAUAUUAUUAGCACACAACAUAAUGAGGGCAACCCGAAUUUCCUUUCUGAUUCAUCAGGCAAUACAAAGAUUUCCUGUGAGCUACACUUUCCUAGUAGGGAAACUGUACAGUCUGCUGUGAGCAUUCCUAAAAGAGAAAUUUCCAUACCUAUUCUGUUCCAGUCGGCAACUCAUUACAAACAUGUCUUCACUGCAGCACUCACAGAACAUUUAAACGUAAUAAUGUUUGAACUAUCUCAGCGGCUUCACAAAGCUCUCUCUAAAGUUGACAUGUCUUCCUACACAUCAUCCAGAGCAGCAGGGGAGAUGGGUAAACAUGAUGUUGCUCCCCUGUGCAUUCACCAGCAACCAGCAAAACUUGUGAUGGUGAAAAAAGAGGGUCCAAACAAGGGACGUUUAUUUUACACUUGUGAUGCUCCUAAAAGUGACCAGUGUAAAUUCUUCAAAUGGUUGAAUGAAACUCAGUCUUUAAGUCCAGUAGAAGGAAAAGCGCAACCCAAGGUCGCAAUGGGUGAUUUGAAAAGUGUGGCCAGUUAUGUGAGAUGUCACAAAGUAGCCCUUUACGAAGAGAGCUAUCUAAUGGUUAGGAAAGUAUCUGGAUUUCAAAAUAAAAGCUUUGGCAAGUUUAAGAAAAUGAAUCUUGCAGACUCUGACUUUGCUGGUGAAUCUAAAACCAAACUUUACCUUAAACUGAACAGAAAGGAAAACUCUUCAACUUAUAGCAAAGAUGAUCUGUGGAUUGUUUCAAAGAUGAUUGACUUUGAACCAGUGGAUACUUUCAUUGCUUGUAGUGUUUUCUUUGGUCCAUCUGCUAACAAUGAAAUAGAGGUUUUUCCUCUGAAAGGAUACUGCCCAUCAAACUGGCCAUCAAAUACACUUGUCCAUGCAGUGUUGGUUUGUAAUGCAAGCUCAGAACUGACAUCUCUGAGAAAUCUACAGGAGCACUUCAACCCAUCCACACUGCCAAUCAUGCCAGAUCUAUUGAAAAUGCAAUCUAAAGAGGAAGGAAAAUCUAUGAUGAACACUGGGAAGUUCAAACCACCAUCACGUAUUGCAAAGGUCUUCAAUAGAUGUGAGCUCCCAAGCUCUAAUUUUAUAUUGGCAAAAGCACAGGAGAUGAUCGAGCAGUUUUGCUUAAAUGAAGAUCAAGCCACAGCCUUGAUGCAAAUAGCACAGAUGAUGACUUCUGCUGAAGGAUCUCAUAAUGCAGAGGCUCCACCAAUAACAGUUAUUCAUGGUGUUUUUGGUGCUGGAAAAAGCUAUCUGCUGUCUGUGGUUGUUCUGUUUCUAGUGCAGCUGUUUGAACAGGCAAACGCUGCUGAAGUUUAUGAAGCAACUCCUUGGAAACUUCUCAUAUCUUCAUCUACCAAUGUGGCAGUUGACAGAGUCCUCCUAGGAUUGCUGGAUCUUGGAUUUAACCAGUUUAUAAGAGUGGGAAGCAUUAGAAAAAUUGCAAAGCCCAUCCUUCCUUACAGUCUGCAUGCUGGGUCUGAAAAUGAAAGCGAGCAACUGAAAGAGCUUCUUGCACUUCUCAAAGACAACUUAACCCCAGUGGAGAAAGCAUAUGUGAGAAAAAGUAUUGAACAACAUAAGUUAGGCACCAACAAAAUACUACUUGGACAGGUCCGUGUAGUAGGUGCAACCUGUGCCUCCUGCCCUUUUGCCUGCUUAAGCAAUCUAAAAUUUCCUGUUGUAGUACUAGAUGAGUGUAGCCAGAUGACAGAGCCAACAUCUAUGCUUCCAGUUGCAAGAUUUCAGUGUGAAAAGCUCAUUCUUGUUGGGGAUCCAAAGCAGCUGUCUCCAACCAUACAGGGCUCGGAGCCGGCCCACAAAAAAGGUCUAGAACAAACUCUACACAGCCGGCUUUGUCUGAUGGGUCAUAAAGCUAUAAUGUUAAGAACCCAAUAUCGAUGCCACCCUGCUAUUUGCUCCAUAGCUAAUGAACUAUUCUAUGACAGCCAUCUCAUAAAUGGUGUAUCGGAAGAAGACAGAAAACCUCUUUUGGACUGGCUACCAACAUUAUGCUUUUAUAAUGUGAAUGGCACAGAACAGGUGGAGGGAAACAACAGCUUUUAUAAUAUGGAAGAAGCCAACUUUACAGUAAAACUUAUCCAGUCUCUUAUUGCAAGCGGAAUUGAGGGAUCUAUGAUUGGUGUGAUCACUCUGUACAAGUCACAGAUGUACAAGAUUUUUAAUUCACUUGCCAGCAAUACACACUAUGAUUCCACAGAUAUAAAAGCAGUUCAAGUUUCAACAGUCGAUGCAUUUCAAGGAGCCGAGAAGGAAAUAAUUAUCUUAUCCUGUGUUCGGACAAGGCAAGUUGGAUUCAUAGAUUCAGAAAAGAGAAUGAAUGUUGCGCUGACCAGGGGGAAGAGACAUUUAUUAAUCAUUGCUAAUCUUGCCUGCUUGAGGAAGAACAAACUUUGGGAACAUGUGAUCCAUCACUGUGAAAGGCAGCAAAAUGGUUUAAAGCAUGUAAGUCAGUGGGAAGAAACACUUAAUGCAAUCCUUAUGCGCUACCAAGAGAAGAAACUAGAAGAGGAUAUAAACAUGAAAAAGAAAAAAUCCAAAACAAUGGAAGGGAAUGUAAACCCUUCUCCACUGAGCUGAAUGACACGAAAGAGAAGAGAAUCUGUUUCUUUUUAGGUCGUACCUAAAUCCACCCUGCAUUGUGUCGAACCACACAGCGCUGGAGAGAGAGGUGGGGAUGAACUACACAAACACACACUGAAUUGGUUCAGAAGCCUCCUUUAUAUAAUACAGAGCUGAAUAACCUGCUGGCCUUAGCCUGCUCCUGGCCAGAUGAGUUUACAGAAGUGUCAGACGUUUCAUUGGCAUUUGCAGUAUAUUGCUGCUGAGCAGCAGACUUUUUAAUAAUCUAUUUUAUGCACGUAUGUUCUUUGCAGGAGUAGUAAUAAAUGAAUAAAGCCCUAAAACUCCCA